AAGAAAAGGAAAUAUUAACUACCGUUAUUGAGAGAAUGGAAAAAGAUCUUGAAUCGAUCAUUGUGACAAUUGGACGGCUCAUGGGGUAUUGGGAGACUCGAUCAGCAAUCAUUUCCGACCUUUUAGAUAAAGUGAAUGUUGCAAGUGAUAAUGAAUUGGAAUUAGAUGAACUUCAUGCCAAAGAUUAUUGCGUUACGAUUCGAGGUUUAUUGGCAGAAGAUCAGGCAAAGUUUAACU